CAAUCAUCUGUGGGUCUUUCUGCGUGCAAAGCACGUGCACUACCGCCGAGCUGUGGGUCCCUCCCCGCUCUCUCUUCCUUAGAUGCAUCCGCUGCUAUGCAAAGGCCAACAUCGGCAUACAGCAUCUGCCGGCGAAAUGCUGAAGCUUCGGCUUUUGACGUGGGACGUGAAGGACACCCUUCUCCGGCUCCGGUCCCCGGUGGGCGAGAGCUACUCCGCCGAGGCCCAGGCCUUUGGGCUGCGGGUGGAGGCCGGGGCGCUCAGCCAGUCCUUCCGCCGGGCCUACGAGGCCCACAGCAAGCGCUUCCCCAACUACGGCCUAGACAAGGGCCUCAGCUCCAGGCAGUGGUGGCUGGAUGUUGUCACGGAGACCUUCCGGCUCUCCGGAGUCCAUGAAGAGAGGGUCCUCCUGCCCAUGGCGGAGAAACUGUACCAGGAUUACACCCAGACACGCAACUGGGAAUUACUGCCCGGCGCCAGGGAGACCCUCGGGCAGUGCCAAGGGAAGGGCAUCCGCAUGGCCGUGGUCUCCAACUUUGACCGGCGGCUGCAGGAGAUCCUGGUCCGGAACGGCCUCCAUCAGCACUUCGAGUUUACCUUGUCCUCGGAGGAUGCGGGAUGCGCAAAGCCGGACAGGAGGAUUUUCCUGGAAGCCCUCCGUAUUGCAGGGGUGGCCCCGCAACUGGCCGCCCACGUGGGGGACCACUACGAGAAUGAUUAUAAGGCGGCGAGGGAGGUGGGGAUGCACAGCUUCCUGCUUAGGACGGCCGCAGAACCCGCCGAGUGGGAGAUGGAGGUGCCGAAAGACCACAUCCUGCCCUCGCUCUCGUGCCUGCCGUCUCUGAUCGAAAAAGGCUAAGGGCCGGGGGUGGUGUCUGUAAACGCUCUGGUGGUGGAGCCCUUCCUGGACUAGACUACUUAAGGUGGUGGUGGGACUGCAUUUUUGAACCGUUUCCUGUGUUUAAAAAAAAAAAAACCCUCCCUGCAUGUAAAAAGUUAGCAUAUCACAGAAACCAAACUAGCCCUUUCCCUGCUGUGCUACCUUUCUACACGCCGAGUUUCUCUGUUUGGCUAUUUAAGGCAAAGGAGGCAUUAAAAAAUGCAACCUCCUUCCCCAUUAUUAUUAUUAUUAACAUUUACACCCCGUCCCUCCAGUACAAUACUGCUUGGGGCGGCUCACAACAGUAAAUUGUAACAACAAUGGUAACCAUUUAAGUAAUGCAUUUAAGAGUCCUGGGGAGGAGUCUACCACAAGAUUUUGCAGGGGGGUAUUGAUCAGCUCCAAGUCUGUUGCUGGACUGGCCUAUGGAAGGGAGGGGAGAUCUUAUGCCUGGAAAAGUGGGCCCAACAUCCAUGCUUCCCACAGGGGCUAACUAUGGUUAAGUCUGGUGUUUUAGUUGUAUAUUUGUACACUUCAUGAUACAGCAAAGUGGUUAUUAGAAGGAGCAGCACAGUAACAGAACAAGGUUCAGUAUUUCUGGGGCCGGCCUUUUUUCAUUCCCCUACUACUAGUCAUUCAGAUUAAACGUGGUAGGACUAGAACCCAGGUUUUCUGUCAACUGGGACACAGUGGGAUUUGCAGGGGUGAGGAGAGGCAAAAGACUGGUCAGCUAGGUAGUCAACGAAGCAAUAACCUGUUUAGGGCCAAGAGAUCCGAAAGAACAGCCUGCUGGGUUACGGAGUCAUACAAUCAUAGUCCUGAUUCACAAGGACAGGGAGGUGGUGUGGAAAUAACAGAGGACCAGACAUUUCUAGUCUAGAUGAGUGUUUAACUCUCCAGAUGGUACAUGCGAGCACACAGACACACACAGAGAGAGCAGGAAGAGGCUAGGAGUGACCUGGGCUGGAACUGCACGUCUUUAUUGAUCUCAGGGCUCCCAGCCACACAUGUGGGCCUAUUCUGGAUGAUGCAUACUCUUGUAGAAUAAACCCAGAGCUGUAAAUUG